UUUUCUCUAUUAGUCUCUCUCUCUCUCUCUCUCUCUCUCUCUCUCUCCUCCAUUCUCCUCCUCCUCCUCCUCCUCCUCCAUUCCAGCAGUAGAGAAUCACUGAGCAGCAGCGGCGGCAGCAGCAGUGUCACUCAGCACGGCAUCGACUGGCAUCAAAGUGAGGACCUCCUGUUUUUUUUGGUUUAUUUACUUCUCUUUUUUUUUUGCAUCACCUCUUCCUCCUCUCUCCUUCUUCCAUUUCUCUCCUCAUUCCUUUUCUACUUCUCCUUUUUUUCCUCUGCCACAUUUUUUUUCCAGAGUGCAGCAGUAUGAGGGUACCAUGCAUUUCAAAUAGGGUUUCUACCCCAACUAUUUCUCUUUUCUUUUGCAUCUCAUUGGGAAUAAGUAGGCCAGUCGUGUAGAUCUAACACGGCAUGUUAACCUCUUGGGCUCAGACGUGCUCAUAAAUGGAUAUUUUAACAGGUAUGGUUUCUUUUUAAAUCCUAACUUAAAUCAUGCAAAUCCUUCUUUCAGUGACAGCAUGAAUACCGAGAUGAAGCAGGAUGUUUUUGAGUAUAAUAUGAUGAAAAUUUGACUUUAAUUUAGUGCUUAGUGAGAGAGAGCUAGUUGUUUUUUUAAUAUCUGGUAUUUUGAAGCUGGUGAGGAUAUUAUUGGAUCUGUAACCAAAGAGACAGCUUUGAAUUUCUUGGCAGAUUCUUCUCAUUCUUCUACUUUCUGUUGUUUUCUCACUGCCUGGCAUAAAGAGACUGACACACUGGAGAUACAAAUACAAAUAAAAAUGGGGAUCAUAACAGCAGCAGCAGUCAUUUAACCAGGAUGGACUUACCGGAUGUAUUCGCGUCUGUAGUGGCCACGAUGCCGGCCACUUUACCGCCAAACUCUUCUUUGGAGAAUAUCAACCAGACGUCGUCUUCUUCUCCGAGAUCUCCUACUCUACCUCCUCACUCGCAGGUGGCGUCGGUGUUCAUCGUGCUGGUGGUCACGGUCAUCAUCUUGGGCACCGUGGUGGGCAACGUUCUGGUCGUGGUGGCGGUGUUCACCAGCCGAGCACUGAGGGCGCCUCAGAACCUCUUCCUGGUGUCUCUGGCUUGCGCGGACAUACUGGUGGCGACGCUGGUCAUCCCCUUCUCUUUGGCUAAUGAGGUCAUGGGUUACUGGUACUUUGGUUCCACCUGGUGCUCCUUCUACCUGGCUCUGGAUGUCCUCUUUUGCACAUCCUCCAUCGUCCACCUCUGCGCCAUUAGCCUCGACCGCUACUGGUCCGUCACCAAAGCCGUCAGCUACAACCGCAAACGGACGCCCAAGCGGAUUAAAGCGAUGAUCAGCAUCGUGUGGCUCAUAUCUAUCGUCAUCUCCUUCCCGCCGCUCCUCAUGGCGCACAAAGAGGAGGAUUCGGAGACGGAGGAGGAGAGCGACACAAGGAGGCAGGAGUGUCUUCUCAACAACCAGACGUGGUACAUCCUCUCCUCCUGCCUCGUGUCCUUCUUUGCCCCGGGAAUCAUCAUGAUACUUGUUUAUUGUAAGAUCUACCGCGUUGCCAAGCAGCGAGCCUCCACCGUGUUCGUGGCGAAGAACGUGAUGGAGAGGCAGCCGUCGCAGUCCGAGACCUGCUUCGUGGGCACUGCCAGAAAAGGAGACGGCUGCAGUGGUAAAUCCCAGUAUGAGCUGGAGAGCCCGCGGCCUGUGAACCGACACAGCUCCUCCAACAUGGACAGCAACAGCAGCGGCAACAGGAGAGAAGAUCUGGAUGAUAUUGACUUAGAGGAGAGGAGGUGCAAAGCUGACGCGAAGACAUCCUCCUCGUUUGCCUCGGCUCUUCGUUUCCCCAGGAGAGCCGGGGGAAGCGUGAAAACCGAGGAGGGUAAGGACUCAGAUGGAAGUACAAACAGGUUGAAGCCUCCUCUUCCUCCUCCAUCCUGCGCCUCCAUAUCAUGGGCAUCAUCAGACCAGUGCUCCCACCACUUCCUCCUCCCCUCUCCAGUGCCUCUCCGCAGCAGGCAGAUGUCUCUAUCCAAGAACAAAGUGGCGCAAAUGCGGGAGAAGCGCUUCACGUUUGUUCUGGCGGUGGUGAUGGGGGUUUUUGUCCUCUGCUGGUUCCCGUUUUUCUUCACCUACAGCCUCCACGCCGUCUGCAGAGAGAACUGCAUCAUCCCCGACACGCUCUUCGACCUGUUCUUCUGGAUCGGGUACUGCAACAGCUGCCUGAACCCCAUCAUAUACACCAUCUUUAACCGAGACUUCAGGAGGGCCUUCAAGAAGAUCUUAUUUGAAACUCACAAACGAACAUAAGAAUGUGAAUGUACGUGUGUCUGCUUUCACAGAAACACAACAAUCAAACACCGAUGUGUGUGUGCACACAGUUCCAAUCCUGUUUUCCACUGUGCUGUCAUACCGACAUUAAAGGGCUUGUCAUACAGCCUGAGUAUUGAUUUAUUAUUCAACUACUCGCUGAUUUAUUCAAUAAUCACUUUCUAUUUUAAACAAGCCUGAGAAAGAUGAUCACGACACACUGAUUCUGUGGCAGCAGGGGUUUCAAACUCUGCUUCCUUGACACUUCAACAACUUCCUGAAUGUUAAUUGGAGGAAAAACUGGCCGCAGGCAGUGAACUACGUCCCCGCGGAGCUCCGAGAUGUCUCCGCACAGAAUAAAAGCUGAUUUGCAAGAAACUGAGAAAUAUAUUCACAUUUUUUAAAAUGGAUUUUCUUUGCCUCAGAGUAAUCAAACACCAGCCACGCUUAUAGUUUAAACUUUAAACUUCAAGUAGACAUAAGCAUCAGAAAAAUGAAUGAAAGUUACCAGAUAUUCCACAGAGCUGCAGUGUGGUGUUGACACUUCACAGCCCAGGGGCAAAAACAUUAAAAAUUCAUGUGAAGCUAUAGCAGAUGGGCUGAACACAGAAAAACAGAGAGAGAGACGACAAAAGAGAAAAAUAGAGCCUAACUACAGCCGAGCGUCUGAAUAAAUAUAAUCAACCGCAGGCUCGUACGGCGAUAGAUGAUUAUCCAGUGAAGCUCGGGAUCCAUGUGUGGGCUGAAGUACUCAAAGCUCACGUCUCUGGUGUCUGUCAAACCUGACCGGACUCUAACCUGACCCGGCACAGAGCAGACACGACGCCUCGUGCAAAUUAUGUGAGACAAUCUGUGGCCAGAGACUGAGACAGAGAGAGGAGACAAUCAGGCGAGAUGCUUUUAUCCUUUAAAAACAUAAAACCACAGAUACGACAGAUAUGUGAGCGACAGGUCCAAGGCCACGAGCGAUGGUUAUCAUCAUGCUGGUUGCUAUGCAACAGAGUUUGACAGCAAUUUAAAAGCUGUGUAAUUAACAACCGAAAUGACGAGGAUGAAGCUGCUGGAAGUUGAAAGUUAGAAGAGAAUAGUUUGAGUCCAAAAAAAGAUGAAAUAUUUAAUAAAUAAUGACAAAACUUUGUUGUUUUUUUCCUCUCUGGAUCACUCGACAGGUAAACAGGUUAAUCGUUAACCGGUGAUAGUAUCAUGAUGGAAGCACGACAUGAGG